AUGCCACGGGCCAGAAAAUGCCGCUUAACCCAACCCGUCGUUCCUCGCAAAAACUCACCCGCGGUAUCCUUUGAGCAACGCCUGAGAGAACUCGCGGAGUACAAGAAGGAACAUGGCGAUUGCAUGGUUCCGCAAAAAUAUCCCAAGAACAAAUCGUUUGGAUGGUGGGUAUCCCGAAUACGAAAGUUCCGCAAGACGGACAAUAAAUCCUACCUCAACAAGGCCCGCAUCGCGAAACUCAAUAAGAUUGGAUUCGAAUGGGACGCUGCGAGAUCCGCCAAGAAGGAAUCGUGGAAGACUCACCUUCUCGAAUUGGAAGCCUUCAAACAGGAACAUGGGCAUUGCCGGGUACCCUUUCGUUACGCAAAGAACAAGGCGCUCGCGAGUUUUGUCCAUCGGAUGCGAUUGGAGUGGCAAAAGAAGGAAACUACUGGCAUUUCCUCCUUGACGCUGGAACGGAUUGCGGAUUUGAACAAGGUUGGAUUUGAUUGGAAGGUCCGACUGGAUCCAGAGGUACUUUGGGAGCGUCGGAUCAACGAUCUAAAGGAGUUUCGCGAGCUCCAUGGCCAUUGUCAAGUGCCUCAAACGUAUACCACCAACCGCAAACUCAUGUACUGGGUCAAAAUUAAGCGAAAAGAGUACAAACGGUACCAACGGGGAGAAAAAACUCCAUUGACGUUGGAACAAAUAAAAGAACUGAGUGAUAUUGGGUUUGACUGGAACCCAGGGACGAAUUCUCGGAGGUUCAAAACAAUUCAACCACCUCCAAAACCAGGAGCAGCCAACAGUAGACCUAGACGUGGAAAGCGACGCAAGGUCGUCGUAGAAUCUUCGGAGGAGGACGAAUCAGACCUUCUUUUGGAAUCGGAUGAAGACGAGUCAGAUGAUUCUGAGAGUGAUUCUGAAAGUGACUCUGAAAGUGACUCUGAAAGUGAUUCUGAAAGUGAGCACGAAGAGGCCGCCGGCAGCAACCGUAGACUUCGAAACCGGCAAAAGGUUGAUGCAGAAUCUUCGGAUGAGGAUGAAUCAGACGAUCCUGAAAGUGAGCCUGAAGGUGAUGACAUUUUCGAAUCAUCUGACGAAUCAUCUGAAAGUGACGAUGAUGAUGCCGGCAAAACGAAGAGCUGGUUGGACCACAGCAAGCAUUCAGAUGAAACAGAUAUUGAAGAAUCCUCUGUAGAAAGCAGCUCGGAAACUGAGGAUGCGAGGCUUCCCUGGGAGACUGAUGACACGAAACGACUCAAUCGAAAGGAAUUAGUCUUGUAUUUCACCAAACAAUUGGAACAAGAAAGGAAAGAAAAAUUGACCGCGCAGGAUCUUUUUCAACAAUCCAAGGAUGAGAUCGAACAAGAACGCCAAGAAAAAGCGGCCAUGCAGAGUCUUCUGGAAGAAUCCAAGAAUGAGAUCGAGCAAGAAAGGCAAGAAAAGUCAGCCGUGCAGUGUCUUCUGGAAGAAUCCAGGGAUGAGAUUAAGCUUUUCUGCAACGUGAAUCAGGACUUGACGCAGUUGAAUCAGAACCUAAAAGCCUCAUAUAAGCUUGGUAUGGAAGAAGAAAGGAAUAACUUGAUACAGGAACGAAAGAGAAGAGAGACGGCCGAGGAUAGGUUUGAAAAGGUGAAACAGCUUAUUGACGGUAAAAUCGACGUAGCUUUUGGACCUUAG